UAAUUGUAUAAAAAUACCAUAAAACAGCCAUGGAGGAGGUUCAGCGACACAGUGUUCAUACCCUAAUUUUUCGUUCUUUAAAAAGAACCCAUGACAUGUUCGUUUCAAAUCAGGGAGCUCUGCCAGAAAUUGAUGAUAAAUUAGAAAAAAUUAGAAAAUCUAUUAAGGCACGUGACAGUUAUGGUUUGGUAUUCGAUCGAGCUGCCCAAGCAGCAGAGUCCAAAAAGUAUUCCAACGGUGGUGUUGGUGCGGGUAUGGAUGCUUUGGAAGGUCCAGAAAAACCUUUAGCCAUUACAGAUGGCUCUAAAGACAAUAUGGCUUUAUUAGCAGGAAAUAACAAAAAUGGCGAUAUACCCAUCAGCAAUUCAUUGGUUUCAGCACCUGGCAUGCGUUCGGCCACAGGAGGCAGCAAUGUCCAGUUGAUACCCAAAAAAGCUCCCACAAUUCCAAAACCCACUUGGCAUGCUCCUUGGAAGUUGUCGCGUGUUAUAUCUGGACAUUUGGGUUGGGUACGUUGUAUUGCUGUGGAGCCGGGUAAUGAAUGGUUUGCCACCGGAGCUGGUGAUCGCGUUAUAAAAAUUUGGGAUUUGGCUAGUGGUAAACUGAAACUUUCCCUCACGGGUCAUGUAAGUACGGUGAGAGGUUUGGCUGUUAGUGCUAAACAUCCCUAUCUCUUCAGUUGUGGUGAAGAUCGUCAAGUGAAAUGUUGGGAUUUGGAAUAUAACAAAGUUAUUAGGCAUUAUCAUGGACAUUUAUCAGCCGUCUAUUCACUAGCCCUGCAUCCCACUAUCGAUGUUCUGGCGACUUCAGGACGUGAUUCUACUGCUCGCAUUUGGGAUAUGCGCACAAAAGCCAAUAUACACACCUUAACAGGCCACACCAAUACCGUGGCUAGUGUUGUAGCUCAAGCAGUUAAUCCUCAAAUUAUUACUGGUUCUCAUGAUUCCACAGUACGUUUAUGGGAUUUAGCUGCCGGCAAAAGCGUAUGUACUCUGACGAAUCAUAAAAAAUCCGUACGUAGCGUAGUUUUACAUCCCAAUCUGUACAUGUUUGCCUCAGCCUCUCCGGACAACAUCAAACAAUGGCGCUGUCCCGAGGGUAACUUUGUGCAGAACGUCUCUGGUCACAAUGCUAUUGUCAACUGUAUGGCUGUCAAUCCGGAUGGUGUUAUGGUUUCGGGUGGUGACAAUGGCACCAUGUUCUUUUGGGACUGGCGUACUGGCUACAAUUUUCAACGUUUUCAAGCACCCGUCCAGCCAGGUUCUAUGGACAGUGAGGCUGGUAUCUUUGCCAUGUGUUUUGAUCAGUCAGGUUCUCGUCUUAUAACAGCUGAAGCUGAUAAGACCAUUAAAAUUUACAAGGAAGACGAUGAAGCCACUGAAGAAACACAUCCUGUCAAUUGGAGACCAGAGAUUUUAAAGAGACGCAAAUUUUAAUUUAAGUUUGUUAAGAAAUUUGUAUUUAGUUUUAAUUAAUAAUAAAGUAAACUAUUUUUUAAAUGUAUACAAA